AUGUUCAAGCCUUCAACCCUUCGUUCUACCCCCAGAACCAUCUCCGGAGUUUCAUCGCUACUCAAUCGAUCGACUUCCGUCCAGCGCACCGCUUUCCGACCCUUUUCUUCCACACCUAUCCCGCGUUUCACGCCUUCUUCUCUCAAAAUGGGUGUCACUCCUAUCACCUCCGUCGAGGAGUACAAGACCAAGGUCACUGAUGCCACCGGCCCCGUCGUCGUCGACUUCCACGCCGUCUGGUGCGGUCCCUGCAAGGCCAUCGCCCCUACCCUCGAGAAGCUCAGCGAGACCCACACCAACGUCCAGUUCUACAAGGUCGACGUUGAUGACCUCUCCGAGGUUGCCGCUGCCAACGGUGUCUCUGCUAUGCCUACCUUCCACUUCUACAACGGUGGCGAGCGCAAGCAGGAGGUCAAGGGUGCCAACCCCCCUGCCAUCCAGGCUGGUCUCAAGGCUAUCCUUGCAUAG